GGAGCUUUGUUAGUUGGGAUCAUUGUUAUGGUGUCCCUCAUGGCAGCUGACUGCACAGCUCCAGUGGAAAAUGACAAGGGCUUUAAAAUGUGCGUCACCGUGAGGCGAGGGAUGAAGGACUACUCCGACCAAAACCUGACGGAUGUUCCCAACAAUCUCUCCAGCGACACGCAGUACCUGGAUAUUUCCUACAACUUCAUCCGCAAACUUAACGCAGCUCCGUUUUUUGGAUUAUCUCAGCUCUGUUGCCUGAAGGUGACCCACUGUGGCCUGAGGGAGAUUUCACCCGGUGUGUUCAAUCACACACCAGCUCUCAAGGUUCUCAACAUAUCUCACAAUGACUUAUCCUUCAUUCCAGAACUUCCACUGAAACAGCUGAAAAUUCUUGAUCUGGAUAGCAAUCUGUACCCCAGCUACCGGAUACCGGAAUCCUUUCAGGAUUUAACGAGUCUGGAUCUGCUGUCGCUGGGUAGCACAGCUGCCAAGGCAAUCCACCUCAAUGACUUUGAUCCAUUCAUGAAUGUGUCUCUGCGACACCUAGUUUUGGGAGCAGGCUUUCAGUGGCAAAAGUACGAUUCUGGUUCUCUGGUGAAGCUCAAGCAUCUCCAAAAACUUUCCCUUCGUGCAUCUUUCUGUGAGAACUUCACCAUGUUUGAAAACCUUCUCAUGGACCUGAAUAGAACGCAAGUUAAAUAUCUGCGAUUCAUCUCUGUGUUCCCAGACAAUUGCGUUGUGAGGGGCAACCCCUUCCAAAACCUGAGAACAAUGCGGUUUGUAAGGAAUCUCACCAUAGAGAACACUUGGAUCAACAGCUCGUUUAUGGAGUCGUUACUGAAGAACGUGUGGCUCUCCCCGCUUUACGACCUAUCGUUCGUUAACAUCACCUACAACGAAGAUACCCCUGAUGGAUUUCAGUUUCGCACCAUCAAUCAUACAAUCAACAUCAACUCUGUUACCUUCAAGGGGAUUCAUCACUAUCAGUACAAAUACCCCACUUUCAACAUGAGCUUUGAUGCCGUCUCCAACCUGACGUAUCUCAAGUUUUCUGGGACUGGAAUGAACAUUUUACCCUGCAAAGUAAUAUCCGCCCUUCCGUCCCUGAAUACGCUGGAUCUGUCUGACAACCUUCUAUCAGAAACAGGCUUCUGGUGGCCUCAGUGCUCAUACACCUCUGCUUUCCCCAAACUACAGACACUUUCAUUGAGCCAGAACCGCUUCGUCAGUCUGUCCUUCAUCUCUCAGAGAGUGCAUCACAUGAAGGCAUUAGAAUCACUAGAUCUCAGCUUCAACUUCAUCUCCUUGGACGAGGACUGUUCUUGGCCUGUUCAUAUAGUCCAGCUCAACCUGGGAAACAACAACAACCUGGGAAACAACGUCUUUAGAUAUCUGUCACCACACUUUCAGAAGAUUGACUUGUCAAAGACGGGGAUAACAGCCAUAACGCAAGACGAUCUGUCCCGCUUUCCAGACCUGACGCAUCUCAUCCUCAGCUCCAACAGCAUCCAGGUCCUCCCAGGAACUCUGACCUUCUCCACCCUGGUCAGCCUCCACGUGGACCAGAAUGCCCUCACGUCCAUAUCCAAGGAGGUGUUGGCGCAGCUGCCCAGGCUUCAGAGCCUCAAAGCUGGAAACAAUCCCUUUUUCUGUUCAUGUGACUCCUACUGGUUUGUGACUGUUUUCAACAAGUCUUUGCUUGUGGACUGGCCUUUAGAUUAUACGUGCAACACGCCGCCGUCCCUUUCAGGCCUGCCGCUUUCAGAGUACAAACCCAGCGAGCUGUCCUGUGAGACGUGGCUUCAGGCCGCCAUUGCUUUGCCUGUGGUGAUAGUCGUAUCUGCAGCCACGGCUCUGGUUUUCUAUAAAUGUGAUGGAGUCUGGUACACAAAGAUGCUGUGGACCUGGAUCAGGAUGAAGCGGAGAGGCAACAAACGCUCCAACAUGCUGAACAAUGCAUCCUUCUCGUAUCACGCGUUCAUCUCGUACAGCCACCAGGACUCCGGCUGGGUGGACGACCAGCUGGUCCCUUCUCUGGAAGGUGCCGGCUUUUCACUCUGCGUCCACGAACGAGACUUUGUCCCCGGUGAGUGGAUAAUAGGCAACAUCAUCAACUGCGUGGAGUCCAGCUACAAGACGCUGUUCGUGCUCUCCAAGCACUUUGUGCAGAGCGAAUGGUGCAACUACGAGCUCUUCUUUGCUCAACACAGGGCUGUCGACGUCCAGCGGGACUCGCUGGUCUUCAUAUUGCUGGAGCCAAUCCCAUUAGACUCUCUUCCCAAGAGGUUCCUGAGGCUCAGGAGUUUGCUGAGGCAGCAGACGUACCUGGAGUGGCCGAAGGGCGAACAGAAGCAGCGGCUCUUCUGGGCCAGUCUGAGGUCCGUGCUGCACACGGCGGACAAAUCUGUUCUUAAGGAUGUAGCGGAAGACAUCUCAGAUUUACUGCCUCUGGUUACUGACCAAGUGUGACAAUGUCAAAGACAAGAGUUUGUCAGGUAUAGAUCAUCUUUCUCGCUAUAUUUAUUUUCAGCUCUGCUCCGCUAAGACCUACAGUGUUCCAUGGAACUCUGAGCUUCCUAAACAUGAACUGGCAAAACAACUGUACAAUACCACCAAUACCAGGGGAACAGUAUCAGUUCUGUAUGUACAAAUACUGCAGGCAUCUUAUAAACUAAUGUCAAUUCAAACGUAUUGGCAAAGUGAAUUUUAUUCUAUUGCUUCUGAAAUAACAUGGAAAGUAGUGUGGAAUAAUAUCAUUCAAGCUUCAAAAAAUCUUAACCAUCAAACUAUACACCUAAAUAGUUCAAGUUCACAGAGCUUACUUUACUCCCAGACUUAGACAUUCAAUGAAGCUGGAUUCAUCUCCCUUCUGCCAAUUACGUACACAAUGUUGCUUACUUUUUAUAUGUUUUGGGAAUGCCCUGGAGUACAGUUGUUUUGGUUACAAGUCAUCGAAUCUUUGUCUAAAAUCUUAAAUAAGGAGGUUGCAUGCUGCCCCGUACUUUGUUUGCUGAAUGAUAAUUCUCCAUUCUCGAUGUCAAUACAUGACAUGAGAAUUUGGCUUUCCGGCCUAACUGCUGCUAAAAACAUAUUGGUAGUACGGUGGAAACCACCACAUACUCUAUCACUGGAUCACUGGUGGCAUCAAAGACCAAGGGUGACCGGGCCUUUUCUGUUUUAGCCCCUCGCUUAUGGAACGACCUGCCGGAGGAGAUCAUGGUAGCUAACACAUUGUCUUCUUUUAAGUCACUUUUAAAAACUCACUAUUUUAG